AUGGGUAGUAUCUUAUCUACAUCAGCUGAUAAUUUUCUAACAUCAAGUUUAAUAUCAUCUCAGCUUAUACAUCGUCAUACAUUAUCUACAUGUUAUGAUGCCAUAUUUGAUGUAUCUUUAUCUUCAAAAAUAAAUUCAAUACUUAUAAGUGAUGAUGGUAGACUUCGAUUAUUUAAUAUUGAUUCGAACAAUGAUGGACAAUUAAUUGAAAUAACAGGAGAAUCAACCAAAACAUUAACUCAUGAACAAAUACAUGAUAUUAUAUGGAGUACACAACUUGAUCGAUUUCUUGUUUUGACAUCAAAACGUUUAUCAACGUAUGAUAAAGAAAAUAAUUUAGUUAAUCUUGAUCUAAAACUUGAAAAGGGUAGUCCUCCAUUUUGGCGUAUGGCUUGUUGGUCAUCUCAUCUUGUUUUAAAUCUUGGUUUAGGUACAUCUAUACGUUAUUAUAAUUUACUUUCAUCAUCAUCAAUUUCUUUAAUAAAUUCUUACACACGUUCAUCUCUUGGUUAUACAAAUUCAGAUUUACUUUCAUUACUUUCACUUAGUCCACAAUUAAUACUUGGUAUUAAUGUUGAAUUAACUGAUAAUCGUCAUGUUAUUGAUCUAUUUUCUAUAUCUGAUACAACAAAAUUUCAUCGUCUUAAACGUAUUAAUUCAAAUGAACCAUGUCCACUUGAUAUUAUAACAUCCUUACGUAAUUAUACCUGGUUAUGUAAAUCUCAUUGGCCAUCCGAUGAUUGCCUAUGUAUAGUUGAAUCUGAUGGUCAAGUUAAUAAAUUAAAUUUACAAGAACAAAAUGGUUAUAUUCUUAAUUUAAGAUUAUUAGCUGAUCGAUCAUAUUUUGUUAUUAUACGUACACCAAGUAAAUUACCAAAAGAAAUCGAUAUUAUGGAAUUGAAUAAAAUCGAUCAAGAUAAAAAAGAACGACGAGGACGACAAACAAUAGGCAAAUUACCUGGAAAUCUUCUAUUAGAAGUUUAUAAAAUCCCAAAUACAAUAAAAUAA